GCUGAGCCUGUCGGGUUCAGUGUUCAUCGAUCUGAUCGAUCAGAGGAGGAUGGAUGAGCCGCUGGACGUCGUUUUAAACCCCGCAGCUUUUACUUCAGACAUCCACAAAUGGAUUGUUAUUAAAGAGGAGCAGCAGGAGUGGAGCUCCAGUCUGGACCAGGAGGAGCCAGAGCCCCCACACAUUAAAGAGGAACAAGAGAAACUUUGGACCAGUCAGGAGGGAGAGCAGCUUCAAGGACUGGAGGAGGCUGAUACCAAGUUCUCAUUCACUCCUGUGAAGAGAGAAGAAGAUGAAGAGGAAGCUCAGUCCUCACAGCUUCAACAAAUACAAGCUGAUGGGAUGAAGACAGAAGCUGAUGGAGAGGACUGUGGAGGACCAGAACCAGACAGGAACUCAGAUCCAGAUAGACAUCCAGAACCAGAUACUGAUGAGAAGACUGGAGACUCUUCUGAACUUGAGACUGAUGACAGUGAGGAUUGGAAGCAGACCAGAGAACCUCAGCCAGGUGACCGUGAGGCAAAUAUGAUGACGCAUAAGAAAACUCACACAGGAAAGAAACCAUUCGGUUGCUCAGUUUGUGGUAAAAGUUUUUCCCAGCGUUAUUACGUAAAAACGCACAUGAAAUGUCAUUCGGGAGAGAAACCGUUCAGUUGUUCAGUUUGCGGUAGACGUUUUACUCAAAAAACACACUUAAAGAAACACAUGAUAUUCCAUUCAGGGGAGAAGUCAUUUAGUUGCUCUGUCUGCAGUAAAAGAUAUGCACAGAAAGGUUAUUUGUUAUACCACAUGACCAUGCACACAGGGGAGAAACGAGUCAAAUGCAGGGUUUGUGACAAAAGGUUUACUUGGCAUUAUCAGCUUAAAAAACACGAUUGCGUCGUUGAGUCCUCACAGAUUCAAGUAAACCCAACUGAGGAGAACAGAGAGGCAGAGCGUCUAGCCAGCAGCUCAACUGUACCUGCUGGUGUUUUGGGAUUUAAUGACACUGAUAACGACUCUUCUGAACCUGAGACUGGAGUCAGUGAUGAUGAAUUGAAGGAAACCAGAGAACCCCAGUCAGGUUUAAACUCUUUAAAAAACAUUGAAGUUACCGUCAGUGAUUCGCAUUGUUGCGCUAGUGAGAAACCAUUUCGCUGCUCCGAGUGUGGGAAACGAUUUGGCAUCAAGGGUUCUCUGAAGAGACACAUGCGAUGUCACACGGGAGAAAAACCUUUCAGCUGCUCGGUGUGUGAGAAGUCUUUUGGUUGGAGAGGGAGUUUACAGGUACACAUGAGGAAUCACACAGGAGAGAAACCGUUCAGCUGCUCAUCAUGUGGCAGAGGUUUUAGCCGCAAGGCAAAUCUGAAGAAACACACGAGGAUUCACACAGGAGAGAAACCAUUCAGCUGCUCCGUUUGCGGCAAAAACUUCCAAUUCUCAAACAACUGCCUUCUGAAACGACACUUGACUGUCCAUGCAGGAGAGAAACCAUAUAGUUGUUCAGUUUGUAAAACAAAUGAUGCUGCAGAGAUGCUUUUGGAGCCAUUUCUGUUCCAGCAAGAUUAA